GUUAUUUAGUCGGAAUGUUUGUUUACAUUCUGGGUUAGACCUAUUGAUGAAUUUGUCGUCUAUAUGAUUGCACUUCUUUCGAAAGCAUUUACGUAUUGUUGAUUAUUUAUUCAUUAAAAAAACAACCUUGUCAGUAUUUUGGUCUACUCCAAACAACUGGCCAUGUUUGCCUCAGAGACGGUUGAAACCAGGGUAAAAAGCAUCCAGUUACCUGAUGAAAAUGUUUUCAAGAACCUGAAGACUGCACGACGUUUUGCAAUCGACAUAGGUGGAUCGUUGGCCAAGCUUGCAUACACUGCGACCGUGCAACGGAAGACAUCCAGGGUUCUUGAGGAUGACAAGGAUGCAGACAGUAUCUACCAGGUAUCAGACACUAACGAGACGGUGGUGAGGCUGCACUUCGUAAAGUUUGAGACGAAGUUUAUCGAGGGAUGCCUGGACUUCAUUCAGAGCCACAUCAGAGGCGUGCACAGCUCGCUGCGGGAGAUGUGCCUCAAGGUCACAGGGGGCGGGGGGUACAAGUAUGAAGAGCUGAUCAGCAGGAAGCUUGCUGUCAAAGUUGACCGAGAGGAUGAGAUCACAUGUCUGAUCAAAGGCUGCAACUUCCUGCUGAAGAACAUCCCAGACGAGUCGUUCAUAUACCAGCGCCAUGGCUCUCCAGAGUACAAGUUCCAAGGUGUUGACCUCAACAUUUUCCCCUACUUGCUGGUCAACAUUGGGUCAGGGGUGAGCCUUAUCAAGGUCGAGUCUGAUAACCAGUUUGACAGGAUAGGAGGGACAGCCACAGGGGGAGGAACAUUCUGGGGCCUCGGAUCUCUACUCACCAAAGCCAAGACAUUUGAUGACCUCCUACUGCUAGCAGAGAAGGGGGACCACCGUGAAGUGGAUAUGCUGGUCAAGGACAUAUAUGGAGGCGCGUACUCUCUAAUUGGUCUACCCGCAGACCUCAUUGCUAGCAGCUUUGGGAAGGCUGCACGCUCGCCACGGAAGAGCUCUCAUAAUAAUAUAGAGGAGACACAAACACAAUUCAAGGAGGAGGACCUAGCUAGAAGUCUCCUGCUGUCCAUCAGUAACGAUAUCGGCCAGAUAGCGUACCUCCAUGCGCGCCUGCACGGGCUGAAAAAGAUCUACUUUGGAGGCUACUUCAUCCGUGGUCAUCCCCUUACCAUGCACACCAUCACGUAUGCCAUCAAUUAUUGGUCCAAGGGAGAGAUUCAGCCCCUUUUCCUGAGACAUGAAGGCUACCUGGGGGCCAUAGGGGCCUUCCUGAAAGGGGCUGAAGAAGAUGGUACGCUACAGAAUGCAGAGAAGUACUCCUGGGAGGAGAACUUUGCAGGCAGCUCGGGUCUUGCCCAGUCUUCACGUGUACUUCAGACACAGAAUUCAAACUUUGAUAUGCUGGAGCUGGACCGUCUGGAGAAGGCCACCCUGCCGUUUCCCCUGCUGCUGGACCCUGACCUCUACCAGCCUGACACCGUGGACCUCACCCAGGACACCCAGGCCAGACAGUAUUGGCUGCAGUGCUUCAUUGAUGGGACUAAAAAGCAAGAGGAGCAGGCGAUCAAGUCCCAGUCUCAGGAGGAGGACGCUGUGACGCGGGCGGCCAUGUUCAGGGAGCAAUACCUCGCCAGACUGGAGGCAUUGAAACUGAACCCUUGUGCCUUCGGUUCCCUGAAUGUGCGAGGUCUACUUGACAUGCGAAGUCACAUUUUGAAGGAGUUCAAUUUCACAGAUUCGUAUUCACAGCAAAAGCAGUUGGAGAAUGAGCAGGCGUUGCGCUGCCUGGCAGACCGCCUACAGACCCUGGACGGGAUAUCUGACCCAGGGGACCGGGCUCUGGAGCUUGCCCGUGGACUUCUGGCGGGCAACGUGUUUGACUGGGGUGCAAAGGAGGUUGCCGAUAUCAUGGAGACUGGAGAGUUGAGGUUUGAAGAUGCUGAGGAGAAACUGCAAGUGCGACCAUGGCUCCUGGAUGACUUUGACGCCUGGCUGGGAAAGCGUUUGAACGGUCACACCUAUCACUGUGCGGCCAUCUUCUGUGAUAAUAGUGGAGCAGACAUCAUACUAGGGGUCUUUCCUUUUGUCAGAGACUUGCUCAAAUCUGGGUCAAAGGUGAUACUGUGUGUGAACUCUCGACCAACCCUCAACGACGUCACCUACCAAGAGCUACUGAUCCUGCUUCGACGUGUUGCGGCCAUUUGUCCAGUUAUCUGUGAGGCUGCGGAGACGAACCAGUUGGUUGUCAUGGCAUCAGGUCAAGGGUCACCUUGCCUGGAUCUCAGGUAUAUAGAUGAGGACCUUGUCUCCAUGUUGAAGUCAGAAGGCACUGAUCUAGUUGUGAUAGAGGGAAUGGGACGCGCCAUACACACAAACUUUGAUGCACGGUUCACGUGUGACUCCCUUAAGGUCGCAGUGCUAAAGAACCGGUGGCUUGCACAAAGGUUUGGCGGAGAUAUGUUCAGUGUGGUGUUUCGUUUUGAGGAGGGAAGUCGUCUGAAUAAACAGCCUGGAACCUGUCAAGAUGAGCGGACUGGAAUCUAUGAGAAUAAACAGCAUGGAACCAGUCAGUAAGAGCAGACUGGAUCCAAUUAUGAGAAUAAACAGCCUGGAACCAGCCAUUCAAAAUGAACAGACUGGAACCGAUCAAAAUAUACAGCUUGCAACCCGUCUUUAUGAGCAGCUCAGAACCAGUCUCAAUUAAGCAGACAGGAUCCAGUUUAAAUAAACAGCCUGGAACCAGUGGUAGCUGAUAGAUUGUGAUGAACUUUUGACAUAAAAAUAUUUAUCAGCGUUAUCAUUUCAGCAGCAGCAACAGUUGUGUUUAAUAACUUCAGGUAGAUAUAAAAGUUAUUCUUGUGACAGUGGAAGGUGUGUAUGGAAAUAAGAUCCAAGCUUUCAAGAAGGAUUUUUUAUUUUUAAAGUAACUAGUGCAACUGUCAUGCUUAAUUGUUUAUUUUUGCUUCAUUCUCUAUCCUUGACACAGAUGUAAUAUAAACUAAGAAAAAUUUAACAAGCAGAGACAGAUUUCAUAUGAAUACGUAUAACUGUACUUUGAUAUAGCUUGUAAUGAAGAAAUGUGUGCCAUUUUGGUAGGCCAUAAGAUUUUAUAUUAAUCUUCAACAUCAUCAGCAGCAGCAACAACAACAGUCCUGUGCAUUCGAUCCUCAUCGUCAUCAUAUGAUCCACAUUUUGGGACAAUGGGACUGAAUGGAUGUGUGUAAAGAAUUGUCACAGAUUAGCAUGUGCAGUCUGAACAGACUAAUUAGGGAUGACACUAUCUGCUUGAAAUAAAUAUUUCUUUAAAGGGACAUCUCUUUAAACAAAAUCUAGUCUAGGCUGUAAGUGUUGUCCUUGAUAAAUCCUUUACAACAUAUAUAAGUAUUUUGACGCGUGUGUAGUCCCUUAGAAAGUUGCAUUUAAUUAAAUACCUUUCUUACAAAAUUCAAGUUUUAAAGGCUUCAUUUGCAACCCUUAGUUACUGAUGAGCAGCACACAUAAAACCUGAACAGACUGCCAGUUACUCGCAGGCUGUUUUGGGUUUAUGCUGGUUGCAAAACCCACUUUUUCACUUUGCUUCUUUUGGGGGAAAGGGUUAACCCGUGCAAACUGCACAGGUAAAUAUGGGACAAUACUUCACACGCAGGUAUCAAGCCUAGUUUUUCCAGUACGAGGUUCAUGUACAGUAUCAGCAACAAUAAAAACAAUCAAGCAGAGAUACGAGUAGCUAGUAACUUGACCCUUUCCCACUUAGAUAUGUAUUUUCACGCAGUUGUAGUCCCUCAGAAAGUUAAAUUUAAAUAAAGACCUUGUGAGCAGCAAACAGCAUAAAACGCAAACAGACUGCGAGUGACUCACAGGCUGUUCCGGACAAAUGUUCACUUUGCUUCUGAGUGGGAAAGGGUUAAACAACACCAGCAUGAAAGAUCGAUUAAAAACUUGUCAUGUUUUCCCGUAUAGUACAUAGUUGUAUUAAAGUACUAAGUGAAACAUGGCUCUGUAUGCUGAAAUGUGAAUGAUGUGUGUAAUAUUUUCUGUAUUUUCUUUGGACACCCUUUUUUUACUUCACAGGUAAAGAUGGCUUUAUUUUCUUCCAUUUUGUACACUGCAAUUGUUAUUCAAGUGAUUUAGUCUCAAAUAUUUUAGAGUAGAAUAAUUAUUUGUAAGAGUGUUCUUCAAGUUAUUUGGUGUAGAAGAUUUUACAGCAGAAUGAUUAUUCACAUUAGUGUUAUUCAAGUUAUUUUUGAGAAUAUUUUAAUGCUGAAUGAUUAUUCAGAAACAGUAUUAUUCAAAUUAUUUGGUAUAGAUUUUUUAAGUAGAAUUAUUAUUCAAAAGACUAUUAUUCAAGUUAGUUAUUUUGUGUGAAUAUUUUGAUGCAGAAUGAAUAUUUGCAAGUGUUAAAUUAAAGUUAUUUGGUCUUUAAUAUUUUAAAGCAGAACGCUUAUUUACACUGGUAUGUUUCACGUAAUUUUGUCUUGAAUAUUUAAGAGUAAAAUAAUUAUUCACAAAAGAGUUAUUCAAAUUAUUAUUUGGUCCAGACUAUUGUAAAGUGUUAUGAUUAUUAAAAAGAAUAUUUUUCAAGUUAUUUGGUCUUGGCAAUUUUAAAGCAGAUAACUUAUUCACAAUUCACAUUAUUUGGUGUACAAUAUAUUUGAAUAUUAUACCUCACAUAAAUUUGUUGUUGUUUUUUUGUCCAUUAUUUUGAAUAGUGACCGGUUAAGAUGCGCGCGAAUCUAGUCAGUGGGCGCUAUACAGUAUAUCGCUGGCUGACUGGAUGCGCGCGCAUCUAAAAGUGGCGACUUGAUUGUUAGUUAUUUGUAACAUUUGUGCAAGUUUAACAACGCAAAGAUUUUUUGAGUACUGUUUCCUUUGUUUACUAAAGUAUUCUUGUUUUACAUCAGUACAUCUCAUUAAUAGUAACUGAUAAAUUUUGUUGGAAUUUAUAUUGUGUUAUUUAUUUUUAUUUCUAUUGACAUUUAUCUGCACAAAAAUGUUCCUUAUAAUAUAAGAAAUAAAAAAACUCACUUCAGGCCCAAUGGCAGAAUAGUGACCAGCC